GAAAGGUCUCAUACAACCGCGUUACUUGUUUGACAUUAUAGUGAACAUAUUUAAUGGACACUGGAAGCGACAGUAUGAGCCAAGAAUGUGUCCGGAAACUGCAACUUGCCACCAGAGAAAAGCUCAGAAAAUUUAACUCUCUGCGCGGUCGGGAGGUGGAGGGUGGGGAGUUUUGGGACGUGGUGGUUGUGACCGCUGUGGAUGAGGGCCAGAGAGAAGCUUAUGAGCUGCAGCUCAGAGAGAAAGUCGACAGAAAAGAGCUCCCCCUCGGGAUUCACUACAAGGUCUUCUCAGAUCCUCCUGGAUCUAAAAUAGGGAAUGGGGGCUCCACUCUGUGUGCACUGCAGCAGCUGGAUGACAUCUAUGGGAAGGCUCUGGGCAGACAGAGAGUCAUCCUGAUCCAUGCAGGGGGGUUCAGUCAACGUUUGCCCAGUGCCAGUGCUCUGGGAAAGAUCUUCACCGCCAUGCCGCUGGGUGACCCUCUCUACCAGAUGCUGGAGCUCAAACUGGCCAUGUAUGUGGAUUUUCCAUCUCAUAUGAAGCCUGGUGUCCUGGUGACCUGUGCAGAUGACAUAGAGCUCUACAGUAUUGCAGAGGAUGAACAUGUUUGGUUUGAUAAACCUGGCUUUACAGCUCUGGCCCACCCCUCCCCACUGUCUAUUGGAACCACCCACGGGGUGUUUGUGUUGGAUUCAUGUGAAAACUCAUCUCACUUGGAAAUGGAGAACAGAUCCUGUCUGCGCUUUCUGCACAAACCAAGCAUCAAAAAUAUGUACGACUGUGGUGCUGUUUGCAAGAGGCAGAGUGGUUGUUUUUCUGAGUUUGUCUACACAGACAGCACCUAUUAUGUUGACUUUGAAACUGUAAAGACUCUUCUUAAUCUGCUGAGAGAGUUGGAGCCCUUGCAGUGUGAGAUAGACGCAUAUGGAGACUUUCUUCAAGCACUGGGCCCCAAAGCCACAAUAGAGUACACCAGCAACACUGCUAAUGUCACCAAAGAGGAGAGAGGUCUGGUUGAAAUCCGCCAAAAGAUCUUCCAUCAUCUACAAGGGACUCCUUUGAACGUCAUUCUCCUCAACAACUCCAAGUUUUAUCACAUUGGAACCACGUCAGAAUACCUCUUUCACCUCACUGAGGACGUGGCACUGAGGAGUGAGCUGGGCCUGCUGUCGUCUACCUUCAGCAUUCACAUGAAUGAAAACUCCGGCUGCUGCGUUAUGUGCAGCGUCCUCGAUCCCAGUUGCACUGUGGGAGCUGGAUCAGUGGUGGAGUACUCCAGGCUGGGAGCAGGUGUGUCUGUAGGUAAGGGCUCCAUCGUCAGCGGCUGCUGGGUCAGUCCGGGCCUCUCGGUGCCUGACGCAGUCUUCAUGCAUUCACUGUGUGUGAACCACCAGGACCGAGCCGGGUUUGUAACUGUCGCCUUUGGGAUUAAUGACAACCUGAAGCACAGUGUGGAAGCCCCUGCUCACAUAGACAGGCUGAAGCUUUUUGAGUGCAGCCUGGCAGAGUGUCUGUCCCACUGGGGGAUGGAGAACGAAAUCCUGAGGUUCUCCAGUGACUCUCCCGGCUGCAGUCUGUGGAACGCUUGUCUGUUUCCCGUUUGCUCUGAUCAGCAAAGCUCGUUCUCAAUGUCUCUGGAGAUGCUGCAGGCCGUCCUAAGUGGCUCCACGUUCAUCUUGCCCAAAGACACUAAGAUGAUGUCUAUGCAGGAGAGUCUACAGAGUAAGAAACUGGAGGAGAUGUUGAGGUUCAGGAUGAGACUACACAAAGACAUCACGCAGAGAAGACUGAACAGUUAGAGCUGCUUCGUGUAACUGAGAUUAUGUGUUAAAAAAUGUAUGUUGUCAAAUGUAAGUGUUUAAGUACAAGAUAAUAUUUUCUGUGCUUUGAUUGUUAAAGUUGUUUAUGAUCCAAGGAGGAGGAUCCAAUGAUAUCUGAACUGUGGACAAUGACCUUUUUGACAGUAUGAAGAUCUGAUUUAUUUUUGAGUUUGACAUCUGAUUUAUUCACGCCUCAUAAAACUGAUCCAUGAUUUCUUGAAAUUUCGUGAAAUUCUGCUUUCUACUUGAAAAUAAGAUAA